CACUGCCUCGUCAUGGCGGCGCAGACCCGGGCUCUGGUGUCGGGUCAGUGGCUGGCCGAUGCUGUCAGAAACAGCCUCGUCGGGCCGAAGCUUCGCGUUCUUGACGCGUCGUGGUACCUACCGAAAACCAAGCGGGACGCGAAGGCUGAGUUUGCGCAUAAGCAUAUACCCGGCGCCUCGUUCUUUGACAUAGACGAGUGCUCCGACAAAACCUCUGCGCUGGAUCACAUGCUACCGGGUCCCGGCCACUUCUCGCAGUAUGUGGGAGAUCUGGGCAUCGGGAACGACACGCACGUAGUCGUGUACGACACCAGCGACUUCGGCUCGUACAGCGCGCCCCGGGUGUGGUGGAUGUUCCGCCUGUUCGGACACAGUCUGGUGUCGGUGCUGGACGGCGGCAUGAAGAACUGGCUUGCCGACGGCCAUCCGGUGACUUCCGAGCACUCCCCUCCGGAGAGGAGAGAGUUCAGGGCGACCGCCGAUCAGUCGUGCGUGAAGAGCUACGAGGAGGUGCUGGAGAACGUCAGGACCGGGCAGGUGCAGACUGUGGAUGCCCGGUCAGCAGGACGGUUCAGGGGCACUGAGCCGGAGCCCAGAGAUGACACGCUGCCGGGACAUUUCCCCGGGGCCAUCAACAUGCCGUUCACUUCUUUCAUGGACGCCUCUGGAAAGGAGCUGGGAAACGAGGACCUGUCCAGGCUGUUCAGAGAGGCCGGGGUGGACCUGGAGCAACCGCUGUGGGCCACCUGUGGCUCUGGCGUCACGGCGUGCCAUGUUGUUCUGGCUGCCCACCUGCUGGGGCACCCUGGGGUGUGUGUUUAUGACGGCUCCUGGUCUGAGUGGUUUAAAAGGGCAUCUCCAGAUCUUGUCAUCUCAGAGGGAGAAGGAAAGAAGGUGUGAGUGAAAGAGGAGAGGCGGUGAAGUACUGCAAGCAGGGAUGUGAUGAUACUUUUACAAGGGGAAGCAGUGUGUUUGUUGCCAACAAAGGUGAUAGAUCAAGACCAUAAAACUCAUAGUCUCUACUAAUACUGAGGAGAUAGUACAUGCUGUGAGAGAGCUGAGCUUGUUAAGAAGCUUCAUUACUUACUUAACAGUUGCAAGUUUCACCAUAAACAUUUCAUUAAAAUCUUUGAACUAUGCAAAUUAUCAAACUUUCCAUUACAGGAAAUCUCCGUAUUCUAGAAAAGUUUACACUAUACUGACAUAACAUGACAGUUUUGUUCGUUCGUUGAUAUUGCUGUUAUGGGACUCUCUUCCAAGAAGGUUCAGCAGAAUUAGGACGUUUGAUUCCUAGAAGAAGUGCACUUUCUUGAUGGGAGGUCAUGUGGUUUACAAAUGUUACAGUAAAUGGACACUUGAGGUCCUUGUUUUCUUAUGCUACAUAUGGACAGGGUGUCACUUUCCUUUUCAAAUAUGUCUAGCUCAUGCUACAGGGGAAAAACUCCUUUACUCAGUAACCAGAAAUGUAAAUAUUUUUGGCUUUGUGGAGGGCCAUGGGAGACAAAAGGGCAAGAUACUCUUGACGAAAGCAAUAUUGGUUGACCACGUCUCCCUCACAAUGCAUGGGAUAUUUUUCUAUUCUAUUUUCACUUCAUAACAUCUUUAGUCUUUGCAAAUUUACCUGUUGAAGAAGAAAAUGUAAGUUAAUAGUGGAAAAGUGAAGCAGACAGUAGGACUGCAAAAAGACUGCAGCUUUUGCUAAGAUGCAACACAUUAAAAAAAAAAAAAAAAAAUUGGGAUGCUGACGCAGAGGAAAUCAAAACCAGUUCAGUCCGGUUCCUGUGCUUGAUUUGAGGUGUCUGGCAAGAUGCCCGAUUUUCAAAACAAAGUUUGUGCUGUACGAUGUUCAGCAUUCAGCUCAAAUGGGACCGGAAAUGUGCACUAAUGUAAAAAAAAAAAAAAAAAAAGAAUUUAGAAAUUGCUGAGCAAGAGAGCCAUUUUGAGAGUUGUUUAGAAAACUGUAGUGAAAGCUGUGCUCUUAUUCCAAACUGCAACACCAUCUUUUGUUUGAAGAAAUUUGGCACAGCUUUGAAUUUUCGAUGGAGCGAUUAAUGAGUUAUCUUAACUAUUGUUUAUGAUUUUAGCUGUUACUGUGUUCCAUGGAGUUAAAAGGAAAAUGUAGAGACCAGCACAAACGAGCAUUACCACUGGGCAAAAGAGAACGAAUAAGUCAUUUUGAACAAUUCUUCUGAAGUUGUGGACUAAUAUGUCUGCAGGGUAAUGUAUUGCUCAAAAUAAAUUAAUCUCCUGCUCUGUGACAGACAGCAGCUUUAUUGGUGUCUGUUUAGCUUCUGACACUCACCAGUGUCAGAAGCUUAGCUGAGGCUCAAGGCAUCUGCACAUUGCCAUUAUGCUAUAAUAGAAACUACCAGUAACCACAAUGUUAACACUGUUAAUGCAUUCAGUAGUCUGAAGAGCAAAGUGGUCUGUUCUAUACAUUUACGAACAGAGCAGAUUUUGCAAUGAAAACAUACCAAAUGCUGGAGGUGCUACAGAUUGAAGAUAGUCUGCAGAUGUAAAGCAAAUGUUUGGUGUUUGGCAAAGGUUCAUGUGUUUGGGCAGAUGAUAAUCUUUCAACAUUGUACUUUUCCUGAAGAUCACACCAUUGUAGCAUUAUUACACACCAUUGUAUCUUUGUGAAAGUAUUAUCAAU